AUGGCUACCAGCACAUUCGAGACGCAAGGCGUCCGGGUUGCCAUUGAAGGAUGUGGUCAUGGUACACUAGAUGCAAUCUACGCUGCUGUAGACGAGUCUUGUAAGCAACGCGGCUGGGAUGGUGUUGAUAUCCUCAUCAUUGGUGGUGACUUUCAGUCAGUUCGAAAUGCUGCAGAUUUGAGUAUCAUGUCUUGCCCUGUCAAGUACCGUCACUUGGGAGAUUUUCCAAAGUAUUACUCUGGCGAACAAAAAGCACCAUAUCUCACCAUAUUCAUUGCUGGUAAUCACGAAGCCAGCUCACAUCUAUGGGAGCUCUACUAUGGUGGUUGGGUCGCACCCAACAUAUAUUAUAUGGGCGCUGCCAACAUCCUGCGCUUCGGCCCGCUCCGCAUCGCUGGACUGUCUGGAAUCUGGAAAGGGUUUGACUACCGCAAGCCCCACCACGAGAGGCUACCUUUUAGCAGUGACGAUGUCAAGUCAUGGUACCACGUUCGAGAAUUCGAUGUCCGCAAGCUCCUUCAAGUGCAGACACAGGUGGACGUUGGCCUCAGCCAUGACUGGCCACGCGCUGUUGAGUGGCAUGGUGAUCACGCAUGGCUCUUCCAGAAGAAGCGUGCAUUUGAACAGGAGUCCAAAGAUGGCACACUUGGAAGCGUAGCUGCUGAGUAUGUCAUGGACCGUCUGCGGCCCCCCUACUGGUUCUCAGCCCAUAUGCAUAUCAAGUUUGCUGCGGUCAAGGUAUACAAUGACCCUGAACCUACUGUGGAGGAAAGUAAAGAUAAAGCCGACUCUACCGAUGCGCCAGCUCCAGCUACUGAGACGAACCCCGAUGAAAUUGAUUUGGAUAUGGAUGACGAUGAUGUUGAGGAUGGCACAAAGGCUGAUCCUAGCCUAGAUGUCAAGAAGAGUGAGACUGACACCAAGAAGGCUCCGGAAGAGUCAAAUGCUGUUUCAGAAGAACUGAGGGCACAGCUUCCUGCAUCGUUCGCUCGUCCACAGCCCAAGAAGACGCCAGGUCAGCCAGUACCGCCUGGGAUCACGAACAAAGAGGUUCGGUUCCUUGCUCUCGACAAAUGUUUGCCAGGCAAACACUUCCUACAGCUCUGCGAAAUUCAGCCCUUUAAGCCCGAGAAAAGCUCGGAGUAUCCUCCAUCUCAGGAGUCACCUCGUUGGCGAUUACAGUACGACCCAGAAUGGCUUGCGAUUACUCGCGUCUUCCACGAUUCUUUAGUCGUUGGUGAUCGGGAGAUCCAAGCCCCUCCCGAUCUAGGCGAAGAGCAUUACCAGCCCCUCAUCGAGAAGGAAAGGGCAUGGGUCGAAGAAAACGUCGUCAAGACCGAAAAGUUAGACGUACCAUACAACUUCGAAAUCACAGCGCCACCUCACGUUCCUGGCACCCCUGAGAUCGUCAGCGAACAACCGGAGGAGUACACAAAUCCUCAGACCGCAACUUUCUGUGAACUCAUGGAGCUUUCUAAUAUCUGGGAUGCGACCGAGCAAGAGAGGCAACAAAGGAAAGCACAGGGACCACCGAAAACAGAUCAGCGGUUCUCUGGUGGGGGAAGAGGCCGUGGAGGUCGUGGAGGAGGGCGAGGACGAGGUAGAGGGCAAGGUAGGGGUUGGGGAGGAAGAUGGUAA